CAAUUAAUGUAUGAAUAUCCAAAUGCUAAUACAAAUGAAAGAGUUAAAGAAAAUUUUCAAAUAUUAAAAGAAUCUAAUGAACCAAAUAUAAAUAACAAAGCUUCAGAUAAUACUAAUGUUGCUAAAGCAUGCUAUUCAAAUACAAAUCGAGAUGAUAAAUUUUUAUCACUUGAGAAUGCAAUUUUAAUGUAA